AUGGGUAUAUUUAAAUCCGAAUUACCUGAUCUAAUUAUUCCAAAUGUUAACCUUUAUCAUCAUGUAAUCAGCAAUCCUAACUCAAUUCCUGACACUAAACCAAUCUACAUUGAUGGAUUAACCAAUAAAAAAGUUCUGGCAAUUGUUUCUCCAAAUCACAUACAUUAUCCCAUUGCAUUAUUAGGAACAAUUGCAUUUGGUGGAACUGUUACAACAGCCAAUCCUGAUUAUACAGUUGAUGAAUUAACAUAUCAAUUAACCGAUUCCAAAGCAUCAAAUCAUUCUGCAAACAAUGUAAAAAUACCAACUUCCAAGAUCUUUGUAUUUGAUGAAAAUGAAGAUCUCGAUCAUGGCAUUAGAACAUUCAUCAGUCUAUUCAAGGAUGAUGAUGAUGAUUCAGCAAUUAUUCAUUAUACAACUGAUGAGGAAGUCAAAUCAACUGUUGCUUAUUUGUGUUAUAGCUCUGGCACAACUGGCAGACAAAAAGGUGUUGAGACCACACAUUAUAAUAUGGUUGCUAACAUUGAACAAGUUUAUCAUUUUGAGAAAUUUACUCCUGAUCUUGCAUUCUUGGGAGUAUUGCCAUUAUACCAUAUGUUUGCAUUGCAUUUUAUUAUUCAUCAAGCACUUUAUAGUGGAGCAUCAGCAAUAAUUUUAUCAAAAUUUGAUAUAGAUUCAUUUUGUCAUGCAAUACAAGAUCAUAAAAUAAAUAUUAUAUAUGUAGUUCCACCAAUUGUGCUUAAACUGGUUAAAGAUCCAGCUGUUGACAAUUAUGAUUUAACAAGUUUGAAAUUUUUAUUCUGUGCUGCUGCUCCAUUAAGUGAAGAGUUGAGUAAUAUGUUCAUCAACAAAUUUGGUACACCUCUUAAGCAAGGUUAUGGACUUACUGAAACUACACCAAUCAUUACAAUGGAUAGGACUGAUGAUAUCACAAUUGGAUCAUCUGGAAUUCUUAUAGCAAAUAUAGAAGCAAAAAUUAUUGAUGAAAGUGGAAAAGAACUUGGGAUUAAUGAACAAGGUGAACUAUGUGUUCGUGGUCCAAACAUUAUGAAGGGUUAUCUUAAUAAUAAACAGGCCACUAAAGAAUGUAUUGGUAAAGAUGGAUUUUUCCGUACUGGAGAUGUUGCUUUUAUUAAUGAAAAUGGGAAAAUUUUUUUGGUUGAUCAUAUAAAAGAACUUAUCAAAUAUAAGGGCUCUCAAGUUGCACCUGCAGAACUUGAAUCAGUCCUACUUACAAAUCCCAUCAUUUCCGAUGCAGCUGUAGUUGAAAAAAUACGUGAAUUUGCUAAAUUUGAUUUAUCAAAUUCAGAUGAAUUUAUUGAACGUGUUCUAGAUCGUUUAUCAAAAUGUUUAACAGUUGAAAAAUUAGCGCACAUCAGUGGAGUGUUGAAAAAACUUGGAUCUAAAGGUUUUAUAAAUGCUCAGAUUGCCAAUUAUAACAAACCAUUUUAUGGACUCACAAAGAAACAGCAAGAACAAGUUAUUUUGAAAUGGAGUACACACUCGACAGCUUCUACCAGAGAACUUUUCAGGACAUUUACAUUUUUCAUUUGUUCUACAUUUUGGUUAGAUCCAUAUGGAUUCAAUUCUCUAAUCGGUUAUCCUGGUCCAGAUCCUGAAGCAAACUCUUCACGGUUUACUUCACGUCAAUUUUCCACUUUCGAAUUUCUUAAAAUCAAUAACAACGAUGGUAUUGUUAUCAACACUUGUGGCGAGAGUAGCACCAAUACACAAAAUAAACCAAAAAAAGAUCAAAUUGACCAAGGAAUUGAAGCUGAUGGAACGAAUGGAAAGAAAUUGGAAGAGGAAGAUUUGAAUUAUGAUGUUGUGGUGGUAGGAUCUGUAGAUAUGGCAUUUUUUGGAGCUCGUAGUUGGCCCACGCCAAUAGUAAGACCAUUAGCACCUUUUCUUGCAAGUGGGGCAAUUAUCUUUUAUGCUGUAUUUAAACUUGAAACCAAAUUACAACAAGGUGAUUAG